AUGCCUGGAACAUUCUCCUCCCUCGUCGUUGCAUCAACAAACGAUUUUCCCGGAACACAGAACGAAAGCAUCAAACGCUGGGUCGAAGCCAAUGGUGGAGUCUUCAUCAAGCAGAUCAGUGAAGAUGUGACACAUUUGAUCUGUAGCAAAAAGGCUUGGAAGCAAUAUCAUCCUACGGUGAAAGCAGCUCGACACGCCCGAAGCAUCGCAAUCGUAUCAUUUGAUUGGCUUGAAGAUAGCCUUUGCAGCAAGACACGCAAACCAAAGGAUAUGGCCAAAUAUGCAUUCGAACCCAACCGAAUCCGCCACGUCAUCGCCGCCCAGAAGAAGAAAAGAGCCGACAAGAACAAAAACAAGGUAAAGCGCGGGAUGAAAGUCGCUCCAGAUGAAGAAGAAGUCAACGGGGGACAAGACGAAGGGCAAGACUACAGUGUCCACAGCGCCAGUUCUACGGCUUCUGGUAACUCUUCAGUCAAGAAUGAAAAGCACAAAGCAAACACAAACAUGUCACUGGCCAUGUUGACCAAGAGCGAAAAGAUUGAAAUUUCAGGAAAAGAUUUUGACGCAGAGUGUGCAAUUUUUGAAAAGGACAUGGCAAAGUCUGGUUACAAACCAUACAUUGAUGGCAACGGCUUCAUCUACUUGAUAACACUGGUCCGGAAAGAUGUUCUUCGAAACAGGCUGGAGAAACAUCGUCUCAAGGUGCGUUAUGCAUCUUGUGUUACUUCCCGGUCAGAGACGACAUAUCCUGUUUCAUCUGAGAAGCCCCAUCGUGUAACCGAUCAGCCACCAGCACCGCUAUACACCGACUCCUCGUGCAGUGGAACUUCACAAUCCCCGAGCACCUGGAAUCAGGUGAAUAAUGGCUGGUCUCGUCCCUCACUCACACAUUGUCCUACGACCAUGUACUACUUUCCCUCGCCAUACCCUUUCUCAAGAUACCCAGUCAUAUCAUACUCCCACCCAAGAAGUCUGUCCCAAUCAAAUCCGAAACUCAGAGUGCACAUUCCAAGUCCAUAUGCUCAGACUUUACAGCUUUUCGAAUACACACCCGAAUCUAUCGACCAUGCCGGAGACUCCAGUCGAGCUAAGCAGUAUGCAUGCUAUACCGUAUUCUCAACGGCUGGAAAACGAGAACGUGCCAUGCACACGCUUGCUCCGCCCGGAUCAAACUUUGACUUCGCUUGGGCCAUGUUUCGAGGCUUCUUCAAACGUAAAGUUGGGGCGACCUGGGAGGACCGCGACACUGUGACGGUCAAAUAUGAAGGCGACAGGGACAUUGAUGGAGGCUGUGUGAUGGGGGAAGAUGGCACCGAAGACGACAAGUUCCGGACGUUGGGCCUCUUGCGCUGGAAGCUGCCUAGCGACAUGGCUGCCCGUCAACCCAAAGAUGUAUCAACUGAGGAGCCCUGUGCCGUAGCCGUUGUCAACAAGCCAGCAUUCGAGGAGCACUAUAUCUGUGAAAAGGCUAGCACCCCCAACGGUGGAUGGUAA